AUGGAAGUUUUCUUGCAAAACCAGAGAAUCAACACAGUUCAACUCAAAGUCGCUCGAGAAUGGUUAGAAUACUCGAAACGGGCAGUAGUAGAAGCUCACGUGUCUCCGAAUCGUAAGAAGAAUGCCAUCAAAAAUGAGGAGGUAGGAAAAAUUCCCAAUUUAUGUUUGCAUUUACAGCCUUAUGUCAUCGCAAAGGCCAUGCCUAAAGGAUGUCAAAUCACUAUAGAACCACAAACGGAUGGCUAUGAAUAUUGUUGGGUUAUGUCUAGAAAUGGUUCUGAAUGUAAGAAAUUGUCGAAUACGUUUGAGAACAAGAAGAAUCAGUUUUCGGAAAUUCCUAUUCACUGGAAGAAACAAAAUGGAGCACUGGCGAUAAGAGCACCACCUGUGAAAUCGUCAAGCAAGCUUUCGUUCGCAAUUCCCUUUGGCAUACGUUCAGUGAACGAUGCUAUCUCCUCUAGUUGA